GGACCAUCCGUGUAGUCCUCCGAAUCUUCCAGCCAGCUGGAAUUACGAGGCCUCCGAGUCUCGAAUAUUACUCGACGUUCCGCGCUCAUCCUCCGAUGAGGACCUCUCCGUCCCUGGCCCCGAAGACAGCGGCGAACAGCCAAUCUCAGUCAAUGACCAGCUGACGGCCUCGGCCACGCAGGUUCCGAUUCCAUUGGCCUCGAAAAUGCACUGGAUGUCUCUUCCCCACAUGCGCGUGAAACGCGUCCUCGCCCACGAGCUGCUUGAUCGACGCCCUUGACAGGGUCGGUGCGGAUGGAGGCCCGCCACGAUCAGCCGUGGCGGCGGGUAUAUAAACCGCUAGGCGCAAGGUGGUACCCUUGCGGUUUCGCCUUUCGUACUUCCCUCACACCGAUUUCACCCCACCCUAUUCCUUCAUCCACAUUUACGACUUACGCCCACAUCAUGUUCAACCUCCGCAACAUCCUCCUCGCCACCCUCUUCGCGGCCCCCGCGCUCGCGGCGUCUGUCGCCCCUCGCGCGGCUGCUGACAACAUCGUUUACGUUACGGACAAGGACAACUUCUGCAUGAUCAUGCCCCGUGACAAGCACACCAACAUCGGUGACAGCGAGCACCCCGGCGGCAUGAAGACCUUCUGCUCCCCGUCCGGCCGCUACGACAAAUCCCAGGGCCCGCUGCCCGCCGACUUCUGGACGAACGUCAAGUUCAAGUCCGGCAACGGGCGCAACGGCGGGCGCUAUGCUCAGCUGACGGGCUGCAUCGACCCGACGAAGCUGAAGCGCUUGAACCCUGACGACGCUGGCGGUCAGUACGACUCCAGCGGCGGCGUCAACGGCCAGGGGAACCCUCAAGGUAGCGUCUGCCUUGGCUACAACCACUACGUUGAGCUCGUCGAGCCCGCGGGCAACCGCGCCUGCAUCAAGUGCUGCGACGACCCGGCAGACUGCCCGGUCGACAAAGACACUCAGGGCUGCCCGAACGUCAUCCCAGGAAACUACUUCUGGUGCAACUAACGAGUCAAUCCUCAUCAUCUACGACCUGUAAUGGACUUACCAACAAGGACUUUGAUCGUGUACGGACCUUCAUGACAUCCUACUGUACACCUACUAGUAGCGCUACUCGAAUUCACUGUGAAUGUUCUUCGUAACAGCUGGCGUACUUUGCACAAGUCGCCGAUGAGCUUAAGCGCCCGUCCGGCUCAACGGCCCGGCAAAGCCGCGGCGCUUAUCUCGUUGACCACCUCAUGGUCAUGAC